CCCCGCCCAGUUGGUUCGUUUCAAAAACGAGUGCUGCAGCAGAGAAGGAGAAACAAGAGUGGAGUUGAUGAUGUUGGAGUGGAGUUUCUGCAAACUGACUGGGAGGAAGUGGAGGGGGUGUUGAGGCCAGUCGCGGAUUCCAGCAGCAAGUGGUCCAUCAAGCUUAGACCGAAUUUGGAUGCUUUGACUGGCGUGACGAUGCGGAAGUAGAGAAUUUUGCACGGAAGUUUGGAGGAGAAACUUAAAACUUCGAUUUUGUUUUGAGAAGAGGCACAGAAAGAGAGAGAGAGAGAGAGAGAGAAAAGGGAUUGCAACAUGGACAGGGCCAUUAAAGAGGGCCAGUUGCAUGUCUUGCUGCUUAAAUUCGGCAAGAAACACUGGAAGAAGAACUGGUUUGUCUUGUAUCCGGCUAGCCAGUAUGGAAUAUCCCGGCUGGAAUGCUAUGACAGCAAGGAUGGGGCCAACGUGUCGGAGAAGCAGGCCACCAAAAAAAUGGACAAAAAGAUUAUCCGGCUGUCUGACUGCAUCAGCAUUGCGCACAUAUCGAGUGAAGUGUGUCCAAAGGAGUCCUUGUCUGCUUUCACCAUUGAAACCGAAGAGAAACUGUACACCUUUGCUGCGGAAAAACAGGCGGCUGUUGAAUGGGUUGACAAGCUGUGUGAAACUGCAUUCCCAACUCCUGCUGCUGAUCCCUGUUCUGGAGCAAGUUCAAAAUCUCUGGAGAUGGCAGAGAACAGUAUCUACUACUCUCGGUCAGAAGUAAAUGAGUUCUGGGUAAACGUGCAGAAGACAGAAGCGGCAGAGAGGUGCAAUCUCCAUGGGACGUACAUUCUUAAAGCAGACAAGGAGAACCUCCUACUGAAAGAUACCAAAACAAAUCAAGUUCUGUUCAACUGGCCUUACAAACUUCUGCGACGUUACGGCCGGGAUAAGGUCAUGUUUUCGUUCGAGGCUGGGCGCAGGUGUGAUUCUGGUCCAGGGAACUUCACUUUCGAGACCAAGCAUGGCAAUGACAUAUUCUUACUGGUGGAAAGUAGCAUCCUGGAGCAGAAGGCCCAGGCAGAGGGCUGCCGUCGCAGCUUUCACGCAUUGGAGCCUGGUGACAAUCCAGCCUUGACCGCAUUGGAGCGGACUGCUGAAUAUCCAUCUGCCGAAUUAUCACCGCCAUUUAAUUCAUUGGAGGCAGUGGUGAGCAGCAGCAACAGCGGGGCAAUGGGAAGCCCUGUCAACAAGUCCAUUGCACCCGAAGGACCAGCGGCUGCCAAAAAAGAACAAGUCCUGGUGCGGGGCUCGGAGGAGAAGGACAUGUCCAAACUCCUCAAAACCCGUAGCCUGCCAGAUCCCCCCAGUGCGGGGCCACCGACGCCGCCGAAGUCUCCCAAACUGCCCACAGUGAAUGCUGAUCCCGCCUCCAUCUACUCCGACCCGGUUGAUGCCCUGACCGUUGGCAAAUGCAACUCUGACUGCCUGUAUUCUGAUCCGGUUGACAGUGUCCCCAAGGGCAUGCAACCGAAAGCCCUGAGUGCCCAGGAUCAACCGCGGCAGGGCCUCAAGGACAGGAAGGCGCCUGGGCAGAGGGCAGAACCUCUGUACGCGGACAUUUACGAGCAGGUGAGUUACGAGUUUUCACAAGUGGCUAUCCCCUCUCGGGCAGAUGAGCACAUCUAUGAUGAGCCAGAGGGAAGGGCAUUUCACAAGCCCCCUGAAGGCAGGGCCCCACACCCGCUGCCCACACCCCUUGCCAUCUAUGAUGAAGCCCAAACAGGAGAUCGGGGUGCUUGGAAGAUGAAGGCUUUGGGUUGUGUGGUGGGGCACGAGGUGCCAUACAGACCCAACAAGGACGAUUAUUCAGUUCCACCUCCCUCGAGGGGUAGCGAGACACUGGCUACCAAACCAAAAAAGCCCAAGCCCUUGACGGCACCAAAACCAACCAGCAGACCAUUUGUAAAAGACAAGCGGGCAGACUUCAAGGAGGUCGGAAAGGAGCUGAUUAACUCUGAGCGACCAACACUCAAAGCUAAUUUCAACAGCUCAAAUAACUGCAUUUACAGUAAGGUUGUGAAGACCAAGAGACCAGAGAAGGAAGCGUCAGUGGAUGGCUUCAGCAUUAACCAGGAGUCUAUUUACGAAGAUCUUGGGAACCUUUGAUGGGCUCAAUUUGUUUUAGCUCUUAAAACAAAAUGUGGUUCUUCAUCCACUUUGUUUUUUUUCCCAAAUGCCUGUCAUUGCUGUCUUAAGCAGGGACAGAAUGUUGUUACCUCAUCUUAUAAACAACAUGAUAGUUAUUCUUGGUAUUUGCUUGUGUUCAGCUAAGCUGUGAAACAGAGAUACAAUGGCAGCAGUCUGAGAAAACGUUUGCAAGGAAUCGGGUAACAGAAUUGAAAAAUUUCUUUUUCUCUUUUUAAAUGUGAAACUAGCCCUGAUUUAUUCUAGCUCAGUUCUUCUUGAGCUAGCAGUGAUACAUGUAGGAGAGAAUGAGCAAUCCACUUGUUUUGACCACCUAUUUAGCCUGUCCUCCUGUUUUUAUCAACUACGUAGAAGGGGAUUUUUGUCUCUGGAAACCUCCUGUGUCGAAAUUUGAAACCACACUGGAUUACAAUGCUCCACCUGCCUUGUGGUGAGGUCAAAGGUGACUCAGUUGAGAGGUGGGGAGAGGAAGAGGAGGACAAGUGGGGAAGCCUCUUCCAAAAGAUGGAUGAGAGAACUGUGCCACAGAAAUAGAUGAUGUGGCUUAAGAACAAAUUGGAACAGCGCCCAAAUGGUGAUGCUGAAUCUGGCAGGAAUGCUUUUUCCACGAACUACCAAAGGUGAAUGAGUUGAACUCACCAAAAUGUGCUGGAAAGUUUAAUUUUGUGUAUGAAAACUAUUAAUUCUUCAUGACAGACUUAUUUUCUUUAUGCCAGGCAUUAUUUUUUUACACUGGGCAUGUAGUUUCUUUUCCUAUUUUUAAGAUUAUAUUGUAUUUCAGAGCAAUUAUUUGUUUUCUAUUAUAAUAAUAGCCUAUUGGGUGUACUGUACUAUAAAGAUGUAUGGAUUCCUUU